AUGAUCUCACUGGUUAUUCCCGCCGCAUAUUCUUCCACUACCGAAGGUGAUAAGCUUGCUGCAGAGGGGUUUGAUCAUUGUAACGGCCUUAUUACCGUAUGUGCAGAAUUUCUCGUUGAUAGUAUAGAUGGUUUGGUUGAAAAUUGUGACAUUUCUGCUACAUUCGUGGGUAUUGUCCUGAUUCCAAUUGUUGGUACCGCACCUGAGAACGUGAGCGCGGUAACUUUUGCUUUAAAAAAUAAGAUGGAUCUUAGUGUCAUCGUUGCUCUUGGAUCAAGCAUGCAAAUCGCGUUAGGAGUGACACCUAUCCUAAUACUGAUUGGUUGGAUAAUUAAUCAACCACUACCUUUAUUUUUUGAGACAUUUGAAACUUGUGUUUUGGUGGUUUCGGUUUUGAUUGUUAAUUAUUUGAUUCAGGAUGGUCAAUCGAACUUUCUUGAAGGUGCAAUGUUGUUGACAUCAUAUGCGAUCAUUGCUCUUGCUUUCUACUUCUGCCCAGAAGAAGCACAAUGA